GAGUGUGAAUGUGAGGACUCCGUCAAUGAAGAGUACUUUUGGUGUUAUAACGAAUGCGGCAGAACUUGUGCUGACACAGGACAUCCAGAUAAUGGCAGCUGUCAGAAGUGCUCCAGAGGUUGCUUUUGCAAGGAUGGUUUAGUACGGAAUGAGAACGGAGUUUGUGUUCGUCCGCAUGAAUGUAAAACUACUGUAGCUUUCAGUGGUAUGACAACCGGUAAUAUGAAAUGCAAUGUCGUCAAUGAAGUAUACAUGGAGUGCGGGUCAGACUGUGGCCGACACUGCCAUGAGUUGGAAAAAUCAAAGAUGGCUUUGCAAUGCUUUUCGUGUAGUGUCGGCUGUUAUUGUGAUAAAGGCUUCUAUCGUUCAUACGAUGGCAAAUGUGUUGAAGAGUCCAAAUGUUUGGCAAAGAACUAUGAGCUCCUCAGAGACUGUGGUCUCAAUGAAGAGUUUUCACAUUGCGGUAGCGCUUGUGGUACUAAUUGUUCAGAUGUCAACAAACCUAACCUCAUGUGCACACAGGAGUGCAAAGUGGGCUGUUUUUGUAAGAAAGACCAUUUUAGGAAUAAGAGAGGCAUUUGUAUUCCCAAAGACCGGUGCGAUUCCAGUCAAUGUCCAUCGGGUGAAGAGUAUUCAAAGUGUGGCAAACAUUGCGGUGAGUCGUGCGAAGAGCAGCUAAAGGGAGACCUAAUAUGCGACCGCAUGUGCGAAGAGGGCUGUUUCUGUCUGCCCGGGACCUAUAGAAAUGCUGACGGCGUGUGUGUCAAGAAAAUUGAGUGCAAUUCACAGAAAAGUCAAUCAAACAAUGCUAUCUGUCCUUCAAAUGAAGAAUUCACAGAUUGUGGCAAUUCUUGCAAAGAAUCGUGUGAUUCAAACACUAUCUGCACCCAAGAGUGCCAGAGGGGCUGCUUCUGUAUCGCAGGACACCACAGACACAGAUCAGGUCGAUGUGUGCCCAACGACCAGUGCAAAGAGUUGGAUCAAUGCGUUGAAUGCGAUUUGAGUGAAUUUUACACUAAUUGUGGCUCAGAUUGUGGCCGAAAGUGCUCUGAUUUGACUAAAAGUGAUGAAAGUAACGAAUGCCAGACACAGAGCUUCGCAUACCAGACUACAUUGGGUUCAUUGUCUUGGUUUGAAGUACUUCUGAAUUUGUUGAGUCGAAUCCAACCGUUCCUUACUUUCGAAAACAAUCUAAUUCUGAAGAUAUUUCCAAAUUUCUUCGUUUCAUUUGAAGAUGUGUUGGGGGACUGGUCGUAUAACUGUAUUCGCGGCAGUCAGUGCGAUAAAUCGGGCCCUUCCAAAGGGGGGCCCAGAACCAGAAGUCUAGCCCCACCUCCCAAACAGAAAAAAUGCUAUCCAAACGAACUAUUCACCGAUUGUGGCAAUUAUUGUAUUGAAAAUUGCAAAAACUCCGGAAAAGACGUUUGUCCACUAAACAAGUGCGAUAUUGGGUGCACCUGUACUGAUGGCUACAAUAGGGAUGACGAAGGCGUAUGUGUGCCACAAAAGAAAUGUGGUGUCCAACUGCCCACAACUAAAUCCAAGUCACCAAAAGUGUGUCCAUUUGGUGAGCAGUACAAUGACUGUGGGAAACGAUGCUCCGAGAGCUGCGGCCAAUCUAAAUGUAAGGGUAAAGAGAAGUGUGAGAAAGGUUGUUUUUGUAAACAUGGUUACUCCAGGAAUACUCAAGGAAAUUGUGUGCCCGCCAAAGACUGUAUUGGAAAGGGAUCUCAAUGUAAGAAACCCAAUGAAGUGUUUGAAAUGUGUGGCAAUGCUUGCGCUGAUCUCUGCAAUCCACCCAUCGAAUGUCCGGCUAAAUGCAAACCGGGCUGUUAUUGUAAAAAACCGGAUUACUUUAGGGAUGGCGAUAGGAAUUGCGUGAAAGAGGGCAAGAAUAAGGCGGGCCCCAAGUCAUGUCUGCCCAUACCUAAGACGGCGACUCCCAAACCUAAGAUCGCCAAAGAUUGCAAGAAAAAUGAAGUCUACAAACUAUGCGGUACUCUCUGCGGACAGUCGUGUAGUUCACUGAAUAAGGAAUACGUCUGUCCCCGACGCAAGAUUUGUGUCAAGGGCUGUUUCUGUAAAGAGGGUCACUAUAGGAACAAAGCGGGCAAUUGUAUGCCCGAAGACAAGUGCGAUUCGGGUCCGACGGACGGCAAGAAAAAGCCGAAAUGCAAGAAGACUGAAGUGUAUAAGGAAUGCGGCAAUCCUUGCGUUGAACUAUGCAAUCCUCCCGCUAUCUGUUCGUAUGAAUGCCAGUCCGGUUGCUAUUGUAAAGAAAACUUCUACAGGAAUAGAGCCGGUGUUUGUGUGCCUCUAAAUAAAUGUCCACCACUUGUGGAUCACGACAACGGAGACCCGGAUAAAUGUAGCCCUCCUAUGAAACGUAACAAAUGUCGCAAGAAUUGUAUUCAAAGCUGUGCAGAAGUGGCGGCAAAGAUGGUGUGCCCGCGAAGGAAGGCUUGUAUAGCCGGCUGUUUCUGCAAAGAGGGUGAGUUGACUAAACCCAAAUGCAAACCUCCCUGUCCUCGCAAUGAAGGCCGUAGUGAAUGCGGCAACAGAUGUAUGGAAUCGUUUGAGAAUAAACUCUUCAAACGUGUUAUUUGUGAUCCAAACCAUUGUGACUCCGGGUGUUUCUGUUUACCACCACUGUAUCGCAAUUAUGAGGGCCAGUGCGUCCCGUACCCACCUCCCUGUCCAAGCCGUGAAAAAUUCAGUGAAUGUGGUAAUAGAUGUAUGGAAUCGUUGGAAAUUAAGAAACACAACCGAUUAUCAUGUGAUCCCAAUGAGUGUGAUGUAGGUUGUUUUUGCUUACCACCAUUUUAUCGCAACAAAAGAGGUCUGUGCGUCAAAUAUAGACCCCACUGUCCACCCAGGGAGGGGUAUAGUGAAUGUGGUAAUAGGUGUAUGGAGUCGUUUGAAAAUAAAAUCCAUAGACGAGCCAAAUGUGAUGUUAACCAUUGCGAUGCCGGAUGUUUCUGUUUGCCCCCACUGUUCCGCAAUAUGGAGGGACAAUGUGUCGAAUACCCGCCUCCCUGUCCACCUAAGGAGGCAUUUACUACAUGCGGGAGUAGAUGUAUGGAGUCAUUAACCAAUCGACUAAAUAAUGAGAGAUGCGAUCCAAGUGUCUGUGAUAUCGGAUGCUUCUGCGAACCCGACCUCUUUAGGGAUGAGUCGGGCAGUUGUGUUAAACCGCCGCCGCCCACCACAACCCCUCCGCCCACUACUACUCCGGAGUGCCCUCAGGGCGAGGAGAUGACUGAUUGUGGGAACAGAUGUCUUGAAUUACUCGAGAACAAAGACAAGUCAUCUGAAUGUGUCCUUGACGUGUGUGAGCAAGGUUGUUUCUGUAUGAACGGCAUGUAUCGCAACAAGAAGGGUAAAUGUGUGGAACCGCCCACAGAGGCCUGUCUAAUACCGGAGCGCAAGUGUCGGCCGGAAGAGGAGUGGAGUGGCUGUAAGAGUCGGUGCCGAGAGAUGUGUGUCAACCGAAACCAGGCGUACGCCUGUCCGCUCAACCGGUGCGACGUCGGCUGCUUUUGCGAGGAGGGGCUGUACAGAGACGCCGAGGGGUUCUGUGUUCCGCCGCAUGCGUGCCAAGAAUUAACCACAACUCCGUGUCCACUCCCACCCGCACCCAAAUGCCCGGCUGGUGAGGUGUUUCGGGAGUGCGCGAGUCGUUGCGCCGAAUACUGUCAUAACGCGAACGACCCGUCCUUCUGUCCGCCCAAAGUGUGCGAAACGGGCUGUUUCUGCGAGAGGGGCGCCUUUAGGAACGAUAGGGGUGUCUGUGUUCCCAAACACGAGUGCGAUAUACUGAUGCUCACACCGAAGCCCAUGUUAGUGUGCGCUACGAAUGAGAAGUUCUCGAGUUGUGGGACCCGGUGUCAGGAGUAUUGUGAGGGCCAGCGACCCGACAACGAGCAGUGCACCGGUAGUGCCUCGUGUGAGUUCGGGUGCUUCUGCGCCCCCGGAUUCAAGAGGACUAAGUCGGAUGAAUGCGUUCCCGACGGUGAGUGCAAUGGAGGCCCUCCCAGGGAUAAGGAUCAGGAGGAAAAUGAAGCCGUUGACAAAAGUCGUGCCGCAACUGAUGAGGACAUGGAGGAGAGCGCCAGUAUUGAUCGAUCCAAGAAGAAAUCACUUAAUUAUGUGGACAAAAAGUCUUGUAGUUUGCAUGAAGAGUACAAAGAGUGUGGACACGAAUGCGGAAAAACAUGUGUCGACUACCAGACGAGGGUUCAGUGCGGGCAUCAGGGCUGCAAAGAGGGCUGUUUCUGUGUUAGCGGUUACCUGAGAGAUGAGGACGAGAGGUGUGUAUUGCCACGUCGAUGCAGAGCUCCGGUACGUACUGAGCGAUCCAUAGCUAUGCGACGGUACGAACCCACGAGUGCCACCGAAAUGACCACCAAAUCGGCCGAUAAAUGUGGUCGCAAUGAACACUACAGUACGUGCGGCUCAACCUGUAAUCAAACGUGUGAUUCAUCGCAUAACGUGUUGUGUAUAGAGGAGUGUCAGGUCGGAUGCUUUUGCGACGACGGACUCUUCAGGAACAUCGACAAAAUAUGUGUGCCUAAGGAUCAGUGUUCUUGUAAUCUAUUGGCAGAAGAGUGUGAAUGUGAGGACUCCGUCAAUGAAGAGUACUUUUGGUGUUAUAACGAAUGCGGCAGAACUUGUGCAGACUUCGGACAUCCAGAUAAUGACAGCUGUCAGAAGUGCUCCAGAGGCUGCUUUUGCAAGGAUGGUUUAGUACGGAAUGAGAACGGAGUUUGUGUUCGUCCGCAUGAAUGCAAAACUACUGUAGCUUUCAGUGGUAUGACAACCGGUAAUAUGAAAUGUAAUGUCAAUAAUGAAGUAUAUAUGGAGUGCGGGUCAGACUGUGGCCGACACUGCCAUGAGUUGGAAAAAUCAAAGAUGGCUUUGCAAUGCUUUUCGUGUAGUGUCGGCUGUUAUUGUGAUAAAGGCUUCUAUCGUUCAUACGAUGGGAAAUGUGUCGAAGAGUCCAAAUGUUUGGCGAAGAACUACGAGCUCCUGAGAGACUGUGGUCUCAAUGAAGAGUUUUCACAUUGCGGUAGCGCUUGUGGUACUAAUUGUUCAGAUGUUAACAAACCUAACCUCAUGUGCACACAGGAGUGCAAAGUGGGCUGUUUUUGUAAGAAAGACCAUUUUAGGAAUAAGAGAGGCAUUUGUAUUCCCAAAGACCGGUGCGAUUCCAGUCAAUGUCCAUCGGGUGAAGAGUAUUCAAAGUGUGGCAAACAUUGCGGUGAGUCGUGCGUAGAGCAGCUAAAAGGAGACCUAAUAUGCGACCGCAUGUGCGAAGAAGGCUGUUUCUGUCUGCCCGGGACCUAUAGAAAUGCUGACGGCGUGUGUGUCAAGAAAAUUAAGUGCAAUUCACAGAAAAGUCAAUCAAACAAUGCUAUCUGUCCUUCAAAUGAAGAAUUCACAGAUUGUGGCAAUUCUUGCAAAGAAUCGUGUGAUUCAAACACUAUCUGCACCCAAGAGUGCCACAGGGGCUGCUUCUGUAUCGCAGGACACCACAGACACCGAUCAGGUCGAUGUGUGCCCAAAGAUCAGUGCAAAGAAUUGUGGCCGAAAGUGCUCUGA